AUGGUGCUCUUGACUUUACACCUUUUGACCAGCCUCACUGCACAGUGCACCGAUGCGCACUGCUUACAGUGCCCGGCAAGUACGGAGCAGUGCAUCCGUUGCAGCGACGGAUUUGCUCCAGAUUUUAGAGGGGCUUGUACCCCAUGCAUGGGCGGUCGGACCGGGGAGAACUGUGAGUAUCUAACUUGUGGGACGACUUCUGUAAGGUAUUGCAAGACGUGCAGUGGCAACUCUUGUACGGAAUGCCAAGCCAACUAUCAACUUUCUGGAGGAAGCUGUGCACCAUGUCCAGACGACUCAAUAGGCAUGAACUGUAUGGACCGGUUAUGCAACAACAAGGUUUUCCGCAACUGCAAAGCAUGUGUCGAUGGCAAAAGCGAAUGCGCAAGCUGCAACACAAACUUCUACCUGACCACUACCGGGUGCAAGCCUUGUACAGGGUCUUUCAGCGGCGAGAAUUGCACGGUCCUUUAUUGUAACAGCCUGUAUUCCUAUCAGUAUUGCAACAAGUGUGGCGGACUCACUAGCGAAUACUGUGCUGAGUGCUUUCCUGGAUAUUACUGGGGCGGUGCUUUUAAUAGACAUUGCGUCCCGUGUGCUGCGCCAUAUACAGGGAUUAAUUGUGCUGAUCUUGUGUGCGAAUCAAACGGGAACAAGGCAAUUCUACCUUAUUGUACGGAAUGCAAUAAGGACACCCUCACUUGCACGAUCUGCAAAAAUGACUACUAUCUGCGUGAAGACAAUAAAUGCAUCCCUUGUCCCAACGGACGAACGGGGAUUAAUUGCAGAAGCAUCAAGUGUUAUGGGGUAUCUCGCGAUUACUGCGCAAAGUGUAGCAACACAGCCCUCAGCAACUACUGCAUGGAGUGCCAAGAUGACUAUAGGCUUGAUGGUGCUGGAUGCGUUCCAUGCCCGACAAAUUACGUUGGGUACGAGUGCAUGACUCUCAUGUGUGACGGUACCCCACAAGACUACUGUACGUCCUGCUCUACAACCAACUCCGGAAUGUGUGCAGCAUGCAAGGAAGGGUACUAUCUUGACGGCGGUUCCUGCCUUGUCUGUCCCAUCAAUUGUCGAACCUGCUCAAGCCAAUACUCUUGCCAAACAUGCCUCGAUGGACAUUCUGGUACAAUAUGUGAGCACGCGACAUGCUCUGGCACGUUGCUGAUGGGUUGCAUUCGCUGCUCAAGGACCGGGCGUGCCAUCUGCGAAGCGUGUGCUGAUGACUACUAUCUUUCCAGCAAUGUAUGCGUGAAGUACCCAGAUUGUUACGUUUCCAAUUGCGUUCAGUGCUUUGCUAGCAAUCCUGGUAUAUGCAACGUUUGUAGUGAAGGACAUUAUCUCAAGGAAGGUAAGUGCCCACCGUGCACGGCAAUCACAGGUUGCCAAACUUGCACGAAUACUGGUCAAUGCACUGCCUGUAUGGAGAGUGCUAUCACUUUGCAGGCUGCUGACUCUGUCACAUGCGUGCUCUGUUCUAGUUUUGUGGCAAAUUGUGCUAGUUGCACCUCAGAGGGUAUAUGUCUUCAAUGUGCUGAUGGGAGUAUUCUUAUUGAUGGUAUAUGUAUACCGUGCCCAGCAAACUGUAAGCGAUGCUUUAAGAGAGACUUUUGCCACGAAUGCAAGGACUAUAACUAUCGUACUGCUGAAGGAAGCUGUUCUCCGUGUCCAGUUAAUUGUCUAAAGUGUUCAACACCUGAGACCUGCGGUGUUUGCGUUCCGGGAUACAGAAUGGAGGACCUUAAGUGCUACCGCUGCCCAGAUAACUGUAAGACUUGCGAUGCCGAGAAUAGGUGCACCGAAUGUCUUCCCGGUAGCUUCAUGGCAGAUAAACUGGCUGGAAUCUGUAGCCCGUGCAUAGAUAACUGUAUUCUUUGCAGUAACACAACUGUCUGCGAAAAGUGUAUGCGUGGAUAUUCCAGUUUCACGGGAUCUGGUGCCUGCAUAAAAUGUACAAACAAUUGUGACUCCUGUAAGGGAGAAAAGGAUACAGAUUGCUUACAGGCAGCAAAGGGAUACUACUUGGACGCAUUGACCUCCAGAGUUAUGCAAUGCAUGCCUCACUGUUUGAUUUGUGAAGGCCCAAGGACAUGUUCUAAGCCACAGCGUGGAUAUUACUUUAAUACCCUUACAAGCUUCAUGACCACCUGCCCGCAAGGAUGUACAGGCUGUGCAGUUCUGAAAAGCACUGCUUCACACGACAGCAUUCAAUGUACAGCGUGCAGCAAAGGGUACAUCUUGACUCCUACGGAAGAUACUGUGUCGACGUGUAUUCAAGAGCCACGCAAAAGUAUCAUAUCGCCGGCAGCUUCAUCAAGCUUGGCGCUCUUUAUUAUUAUGCUUUCUCUAAUUAUUCUUUGGAUUGUAGUUAUUCUGAUUGUUCGCUAUAAAGAAGGUGCAAGACAACAUAUAACUACAUCACUGUCUAACACUGAGACCAUUUGA